UCCGCUCCGACAGCUAAAUAAAUACAUAUAUGUAUAUCAAUUAAAUGUAGAGUUUUAUAUGUAUGAGUUUAUAUAAUUAUUAUUUUAACAUAUGAUUUAAGAAAUUAUAUUCACAUUAUUAGUUAUAAAAGUAUUAAAAUGAAAAAAGUGAAGAAAUUUUUUAUGAUAUUUAUAACUUUUUCUUAAGUUUGUCUUUCUUAUAACAAUUUAAAAAUUUAAAAACAUAUAGUUUCAUUGCUUCUUUUAUUUUUUAUUUUAUAUAUCAUGUAAAAAUAUUUGAAAGAACAAAUUUAUCUCAUUUUUAGAUUAUUUGUAUUAACUAAAACAAAAUGAUAUAUCCAUAAUAUUUUUAAAUAUUUGUAAAUAUCUACAAAUUUUUCAAAUAUUCAAUUUUCUGGAUAUUUGUAUUUUCCGGAGCAAAACAAAUCAAAAAAAUUGAUAUCUGUAAUAUACGAAGCAAAUAUGAAUACCUCUAAAAAUUUGGAUAUCUGAUCUGUGCACAGUCCUAAUCACAAAGACCAACCCUAAUAUUGCAAAGAUUAUAGAUAAUUUAUUAAAGAUUUCAAUAAAAUAAUUUUUUUAAACAAAUUUGAGAGAUUCUGCUAUAAAAGAUUCUCUUAAAAUUUGGUGGCAAAAACUAAUAUUCCACUUUGUGUAUGUCUAUAACCAAUUCUAGUUAUCAUGAUUGCCAUACACUUCACUAAUUCAGACACAUCCGUUUAGAUUAUUGGCUACAAUUUUAUUUGAUUUCAAAUCCUUAAAACAUAAGUAUAUGGUCAAAGUCAACAAAUCUUCUAGUCUAGCCAGACAUUAAAUGAAAAAAUGAAAAUGCAAAAUCACUUGAAAACUAGGUCAGAGUCGGUUUUCUGACUUUUGUCAAACAAAAUGCCACUUUUGUUGAUGGUUUUGGGUUCGCUGACCAUCGGUAAACCGUAAUUAUUUUAACUUGGAAUAGUUUUUGAAAAUUGGGGUGUUCAAUAUUUCUUAGAUAUUGGUUGUAAAGAAAACCAACACUAGAUGAAUAAAGCUUUUGUUAAACUUGAAUUGGUGUCUUAAAAGAAAAAAGCUUCCUUCUGGCGUUCUUUAACGAUGAUGAGUCUUUGAUUAUUUUUGAAGUUUUCUAAAGAAACCAAAGAACUUGAAUUAGUAUCUUCCACAUACUAAACGGAAGCUACGCCACGUUCCUAACUGAAGGACAUGUGAUACGUGCAAGAGAAGAGGGGAAAAUAUUCGAUUUCAAUUGCAAAAGGUGCGUUAGUUACGUUGAACUUGCCGAUAUUUUGGCCGACAUACGUACAUUAUUAGUCUAAGAUAACGAAUGCAAUAUUGUAGUUAAAAAGAAGCGGUGAGGCGGCAAGAUCAAAGUUAUUUUAAUUUGCCAAGAUAGCACUCUUGAGCAUCGUCCACGUAAAUAUGAACACUCUGAUAAGAGUUUACGCACUAACGUCCACGUACUGCAUUUAAGAUACUAUGCACAAUUACUUACAUUCGUGUACGCAGGGGCGGAGGCGGAGCUAUGUUAUGCAUAAGGGGUUCACGUCCCCCAGUUAAUUUGUGAAUUUUAUUAAUGUGUUUACGCAUUAUCGUCCACGUACAUUUUAAGAUACUAUGCACGUUUACUUUACAUUCGUGUACGCAGGGGCGGAGCUAUGUUGUGCAUAAGGGGUUCACGUGCCCCCUGUUCAUUUGUGAAUUUAAAAUUAUUUAGCUGAAUAUAUAUUUAGUUAAUGUCUUAGAAAACUGGUUGUAUUUUCUUCAUUAUGCCCCACUAGUUUAAAGAUUAAAUUGAUUUUGCCCCCAUUAUUUAUGUUAUGCAUAAGGGGUUCACGUGCCCCCAGUUUAUUUGUGAAUUUUAUAUUAUUUUGCUGAAUAAUUUAGUUAAUGUCUCAGAAAAUUGGUUGUAUUUCUUCAAUAUAUGCUCCCACUAGUUUAAAGAUUAAUUUGAUUUUGCCCCCAUAAUCCAGACCUGCACAUCAUUUAUUUUACAAUAAAUAAUAGUAUAAUUCAAAAUUAUAUUACAUUUCCACCACUAUACAAUUAUCAUGGCUCUGCCACUGCGUAUACGUACAUAUUAUUAAUAUAGUCUCUACUACAGAAGGUUAUCUUUGUAAUACACAGACCAAAAAUCUAAAAAAGAAGGUUAUGGAAACAGUCUAUGGUCUCUGUCUUCUUUUUCUUACGUAUCAUGAUACUGUCAACUGAUUGUAGUUUUGGGGUUUUCUGCGUAACCAACAAAUCGUCGAGUUUCAAUCCAGAUAGAAGUAUAGAUCCGACCAACCUCCUCCUCUUCUUACACUCCUUCAAUUUAAGGAGUGUAAGUGAAGAAACGUUUUCAUCCCUGUCGAGUGCUUUUGUGACAUUAAAAGGUUUCUCGCGUAACGUUUCCUUAAUGAAAGAGAAAGGCAGUGAUCAAUCUCAAUACUCACGGACAAGAAGACUUUCAACCGUUGUUUGAGUACUCCUUGUUCAAGUUUUUACUCAACUUGCUUUUGUGUUCGGUUUUUCGAGCGCAAUGGAGAAACCACCUCCUAAUGAGCUUCUGAAGAAGUUACUAGAGCUAGAGCAAAGCCACGAGCAUCUAAAGCAGGAGAUGUCUAGGCUCAAGGUAUCUACGGAGCUUACUCAACAAUCGCAUUCUGUGUGGCCGUAUCAGCCUGCGAGGAGAAACAUCGGCGAGGGAGCUCCAGCGAGGAGGAAGAGCGUCCCUGCCGCGUUUCAGAAGCAGAAAUGUAUCCAAGAUUCAAUCAACUUGAGAAAUGGAGUAGGUGGAAUAGGAAGAAGAUCAUCGGUUGGAAAGUUCACGAAUAGACAGUACUUUAAUAUCCUGCAGUCGAUUUCACAAUCUGUUCAUGUCUUCGAUCUAAAUAUGCAAAUAAUAUUUUGGAAUGCCAUGUCUGAAAAGAUUUAUGGGUACACAGCUGAAGAAGUAGUUGGGAAGAACCCAGUUGAUGUAAUGGUAGAUGAACGAGAUGCUCCUUUUGCUAGAGGUGUUGCUCAACGUUGUGUCAGUGGAGAGAGCUGGACCGGCGAGUUUCCUCUGAAGAGCAAAUCAGGGGAGAGAAUUUUAGCUGUCUGUACGUGUUCUCCCUUCUACGAUGAUGAAGGUUCUUUGGUUGGGAUCAUUUCUAUCACAGGUAACACUGAACCUUAUAUGCACCCGAGAGUCCCUUUGGCUACGUUAAAGGCAAAAGAAGAUGAAGGGAGCUCUAGCACUGGAAAGAAUGGUUUUGCGUCUAGACUUGGUUUUGGAACCAAUGGAGCUGGCCUUGACUCUCAUCAGCCUAUACAAACUGCUAUAGCAUCAAAGAUAUCAUUUUUGGCAUCCAAGGUGAGCAACAAGGUCAAGUCGAAAAUGCGAGUAGGUGACAGUGGUGCCACACUCUCUAAAGGGGUAUGCGGUGCUACUCUCUCUGACAACAGUGACAAUGCAUCAUUAAGUGGUGUUAGCAUACAAAGAGGGGAUCUUAUCUAUCCUCCUUUUGGUGUAUUCUCAUGUGAUGAAAGUGAUGGAAAUACUACAGCCCCUAAGAUUCCCACCCCAAAGGCUGAGCAUGAAGUUUCAAAAGGGAGGCCAACUCAUUCUGGAUGGCCUUGGUUACCGGAUGAACAAGAGAAAGAUAGGUCUCACCAGAUUAGUCCAUUUUGUGAUGUUAACUCUGGAAGCGAUUCCUCUGAUAGUAGUAAGCAAGACAACAUCGAGGCUUCUAGUAUGUGGUCUUCCUCUGUAAACGCGAACAGCACACGCAGCACUAGUACCUGUGGAAGUGCCAGCAGCAGUGGUGUGAACAAUAAUGAUGAUACUGAUAGUGAUUACCUGGAAUAUGAAAUUCUAUGGGAUGAUUUGACCAUCGGAGAAGAUAUCGGAAGAGGUUCAUGUGGGACUGUCUAUCACAGCCUCUGGUUUGGAUCUGAUGUAGCUGUAAAAGUGUUCUCCAAACAAGAAUAUUCUAAAGAGGUCGUGCAAUCUUUUAGACAAGAGGUAUCGCUGAUGAGAAGACUUCGACAUCCUAAUGUCCUUCUGUUUAUGGGAGAUGUGACUUCACCUCCGCGUCUCUGUAUAGUGUCAGAGUUCCUUCCACGUGGAAGUCUCUUCCUUCUACUACGAAGGAGCGCAUCAAAACUGGACUGGAGGCGGCGUAUUAAUAUGGCCUUGGACAUUGCUCGCGGUAUGAACUAUCUUCACUGCUGUAGUCCACCCAUUGUCCAUCGUGAUCUCAAGUCGUCAAAUCUGCUGGUAGACAAGAACUGGACUGUUAAGGUAGCUGACUUUGGUCUUUCGCGUAUCAAACAUGAAACAUACCUAACUUCCAAGUCCGGGACGGGGACGCCUCAAUGGAUGGCACCAGAAGUUCUUCUAAAUGAGUCUGCCGAUGAGAAGUCUGAUAUUUACAGCUUUGGAGUAGUACUCUGGGAGCUUGCCACAGGGAAGAUCCCAUGGGAAACUCUCAACUCCAUGCAGGUGAUCGGAGCUGUGGGGUUCAUGAACCAGAGGCUGGAGAUUCCAACGGACAUUGAUCCUCGUUGGAUCUCUUUAAUACAGAGCUGUUGGCACAGCGAUACGAAGCUGAGACCCACAUUCCAAGAAUUGAUGGAGGAACUAAAAGACAUGCAAAGAAAGUAUACAAUACAGUUCCGAGGACAGCUAAAACAAAACAGCUUUUAGUUCCUAAACGCACCGCUUCAAGGCAAAGAGUCUGUUCAUAAAACAAAAGGAAGAUAGAGAAUUGGCCUUAGUUCGAGAAGUUCAAACGUAGUCUUCCUUGUCGCCUCUACGAAAUUCAUUGAGGUUUCAUAUCUGCGCUCUGACAUCUUGAGCAGAAGAAACAAGAACAUUCUCUUAAUGGGAUUAUUUUUCUAACAUCUUAGUUGGAUCUUGUAGGAUGGAGAGAAGAGACAGAAGAGUGCUUCAGAAGUUCAGUGUGUCAGUGUGAAGCACAUGGAAUACGCAGUCAAAGUAGAGACGUACACACACUCUAAAGCCAACAACCUCGUACUCCAGAAGAGACUGGAGCAGUCAUGAGAAUCUUGUACACACUACUACUUAUUCUCAUCAUAUUAUUAAUUAUGAGGCUUUUGUGUAUAUAUGUAUAGUUAUUUGUUCUGUAUAUCAUCUUUGUGUUUUGUUGUGAUUUCACAUAACUUUCUGGUUAUUUACAUCAAAAGUCCCCAUGUGAAUCUUAUAGUUUUCUAUAGAAACCAGUAACUUCAAACCUAUAAUAUCCAAAUGCUAAACGAAAACUCUGAUGCCACCUUAGCAAGUUAGCAUUUAUAACGAAGAACAUAUGUGAUAUCAGCAAGAAGAUAGCGAGUUUAAAUUAAUUUUCAUUUCCAUUUUCAGUUAUGUUGUAAUUUGUAAACAUCUAAUAAAAUUUUUAAUGGUUUUCUCUCUUUGUUUUGCUAUAACCCUGAAUUUGAACCUUUUAAAGCUAUUAAGAAAAGAAUUGCGACUUGAAAAUAUGUUUUUUUUUUUUGCACAACUAAAAAAUAUGUUUGUUUAAUACACGAACGAUCAUGGAGAUUAUUCUACCGAUUGUCACGUAACAUAUAUAAUGGCAAACUAAAAAUCAUUUUUUUUUUUUUGAAAAAGGGUUUCGAAAACUAAAAAUCUUAACAUUCAUACCAAAAGUAAAUAAAAAAAUUAGUGA